AGUGCAAGCUCCGCUGUGUAUAUUGAUCUAUAUGCCAAACAGCCCCUUAACAACCAGACCAUAGCUCGUCAAUCUCCACCUUCUCAAUUCUUCUACAACUUAACAGAAUCCCGCGGGACCCAUCACCGGCGACCAUGGCGAGCGGCGGCGAAGGAAACGACGUCGAAGCAGGCUUCGCAAAGCUCCAAGGCGAAGACUUCGAGUACUAUAUGCAAACCUACUCCAUCAUCCUCGGCCGUAACAGCAAGAAAUCCACCGUCGACGUCGAUCUCUCCUCUCUCGGCGGCGGCAUGAACAUUUCCCGCCACCACGCCCGCAUCUUCUACGACUUCCAACGGCGUCGUUUCGCUCUCGAAGUUUUGGGGAAGAAUGGGUGCUCAGUUGAGGGGGUCUUGCAUCUGCCGGGGACCCCACCGGUGAAGCUCGAUUCCCAAGAUUUGCUGCAGAUUGGGGAUAAGGAGUUUUACUUUCUGUUGCCGGUGAGGAGUAUUCUUGGGGGGCCCAUUGUGCCACGUGGAGGGAGUGGGGGGUAUUUGGGGGCCUCGAAGAAGGGGAGGGGAAGGGGGUACGAGGAGGAGUAUGAAGAUGAUGAUGAAGAGGAGGAUGGGAAUGGGAAGAGGUAUGGAGGCUCGGGGUCAAGUGGGAAGGCUGGGAUGUCAGGGCAAUUCGACAAAAAGGGCGAGGGGCGGUCAAGGAUUGACCGUGAUACAGACAAUCAGCAGCUCAUGCAAUUGGAAGAAAAGGAUGUCGUGUCUUCUGUAGCUACUGUGCUCUCUGAUCUUUGUGGCCCUGGAGAGUGGAUGCCAAUGGAAAAACUUCAUGCGGAGUUACUGGAACAGUACAGCAGUGUCUGGCAUCAUAGCCGUGUCAGAAGAUACCUGACUUCGGAGGAUUAUCCCAGUGCUGAAGCCAAGGGCAAACCCUGGUUUGGAUUGCUUAUGUUACUGAAAAAAUAUCCUGAACACUUUGUGAUCCACACAAGGUCGAAGGGCAGGGUAACAUCGGAAUUUGUCUCUCUCGUGUCUCUGAUCUCUUGAGCAUACUUGUGUACAUCAGGGAAGUAUUCGAAAAUAUUGGACAAACAACCUCUAUGCAUGUGUUAGGGAAAGUAGAAGGCACUGUUUAUUCUGUUGGUUUAAAUUUUAAAACUUGAGUGUUUACUUCAAUGGUAUGGACCCCGGGUCCUAUGUCACCUAAAAUAUCCAGGUAGUCAGAUUGUAAUUUGCAUUUGGUCUUUACUCAUGUAAGCCUGGUUCAUUUACAAAAAAGAUCGACGGAAAUCAAGUAA